UAGGAUACGAAGGUGUCGAUUUGAAAUUGGACCCCAUGUACAGACUAGGUCGAAUACGUAAGGUUUACGUGCCUAUGAAACUCCAUCUCCAGAACGUGAAAUACGAAUGGCCAAUAUGUUUCCAAGAUUCCAGAGAGCCUCUCCAUGCCAAGAGCCUGGAUGCUACCCUAAAGAGGCGGAUAUGGUAUCUGUCAGCGGAUAUGCUAUGAGGCUAUGACACCCAUGUAUGCUGCCACCUAUCCGCGACAGAAGGAUGGUUUAUGAGGCAGUCGAAUAAGUAGACUCUCAAAUACUCGAGAGUCAUGUCGAGAGACGGUGUUUAUUCUCCACGACGAUUGUCGCCUCUGUUGCAAGAUGACCUCGUUCCAAAUUCCAGACGAACCUCCAAAUGGAGGAUGGCUUCUGCAAUAGCAUGGAUUGGUACAGUCCAGGGCUUCCUUUUGAAUCUUGUCGGCUUCAUCAGCGGGCCAAUCUACGAUAUGGGACACAUCAAACCGCUCAUAUACGGAGGAGGGUUGCUUAAUGUGCUGGGACUUGUGGCGACAAGCUUCGCGUCCCAAUACGCUUGGGCGUUCCUCUCUCUGGGAGUCUGCGUCGGCCUCGGAUCUGGAUUGCUGUACGUGCCGAGUGUCGCCAUAGUAGCUACCUACUUCACGACGAAGAGACCGCUGGCGACGGGCAUCAGUGCCACCGGCUCCAGCAUUGGCGGUGUUCUCUAUCCGGUCCUGUUUCGCGUCUUGGUCGAUCGAGUUGGCUUCUCCUGGGCGUGCCGGUCUUUCGCAUUCAUCAAUGGAGGUUUGCUGAUAACCUGCUGUCUCCUCAUCGCCCCUCGAGUCGUUCCGUUUUCUAAGCGACGAAUCUUCGCCACUGGAGCCUUACGCGACUUCCCGUUCCUACUGUUCAGUACCGCGCUGUUCCUCCUGUGGCUCGGGGUGGAUGUGCCAUUCUUUUUCUUGCCCAGUUUCAUCCAAGAAAGGCUGAACUCUUCAGCUGAACUAGGCGAUUACUUACUGUCUGCCAUGAGCGCAUCUUCCCUGUUUGGCAGGGUGCUCUUGGGCCUUGUGGCAUCAAACAUCACCCCUCUUGGUGUAUGGCAGGCCUCGAUAGGUGCCUCUUGCGUCUUGCUGUUCUGCUGGGCAACUAUCGGCAACUUGCCGGGAAUUGUGGCCUUCGUCAUUUUCUACGGCUUCUUCACUGGAGGGGUGAUAUCACUCGUCUCACCUGUGCUCCUGGUCAUAUCUCCUGACCUGAGCAUUGUGGGGUCUAGACUGGGUAUGAGCAGUAUUUUUUCCGGACUGGGUUUUCUGGUUGGGCCGCCCAUUUCAGGCGCAAUUCAGAAAGGCGCCGUCGGUUAUUGUGGGCAGAGUGCGUUUGCUGGAUCAACAUAUCUUGUCGCAUUUGCUAUUGUGGUCGUGGUUGGGUGGAGACACCGACGAAGUACGUCGCGCGACGAACAUCACAAUGAUGGAAAUACUCAGAGCGUAGAUGUCCCCAAGAUCACGGUGGUAGUGUUGCGGAAGGAACGCAAAUCAUAGUGGUACCAGUUGUUGUUUCCGACACCACUUGGAUCUAGCGAGUGCAC